UGCGCCCCGCCCGGUCCCACCGCGCGCCGUCGCGGGCGCCUAGGUCGGUGCGGGGCGCUGCCUAUAUAAGCGCCGUAUGGGGGCUCGCGCGACCCCUCUCCCGCUGCGAUCGAGCGAGGCGGUUCCGUGGAGUCCAAGAAGUGCUGGGCUUCUUCGCGGCGGCGAUCGCUGGUGGAAUUCGCGGAACCGGCGCGGCGAUCAGAGUACUCGAUCGGCGGAAUUUCUCUGCUCGGAUCGGUGGCUGCUUGCAAAGCACUUUGGCAAUUAUGGCAAUUCUUGAAGCACUGGAUCGGAUGACCCCUGUUAGUGGAUCUUCAACUGUAGUCAGUCCAGAAAACUUCAUCAAAUGUUUGAAGAAGUUUUACAGCCAUUGGAAGGAGGAUGUCUAUGGUCUUUGGGGGUCUCCAGACACUAUAAUGGUGUUCCUGAGCAGCCAGAUUCAUUUUUUGAGUGGACAAGAUGGUUGUGAUUUGCUUGAGCAUUUGAAGAUGCCUGUUUCUAAGGCAGUUGGUCUUGAUAUUGUGCUGCAUAAUAUCGAAAAGGCUGGCAAUGGCUCUCUCUCAAUGGAUCAGAUCUUAAAUUCAGUAUGUGCACAAUAUGAAUCCAAUUGUGUUGUUAUGGGGCACAUAGCAAGAGAGAAACCUGAAGGCAAGGUUCUUGAAGAAUGGUAUCAAAAGCUGCAUGGAUCAAGGUUCAUUCUACCAGCCGAGCACUAUUCAUCCUACUAGCCGAACAGUCCCGAAGAUGACGGUGGACCGGUGGUGAGUCAUGGGAUGAGAUGGAGCGCAAGGCAAGGGAUGCUGACGCAGAGAUGGGCAGUGAGUCGGACAGCGAUGAUGAGAGGCAGCGAGGAGGGAGAAAGCAAAGGCCAAGUCUCGCCAUCCUAGUGAGCCAUAGUCCAAGGGUGCCCCGUAGAAGAGGCAGCGACUGAACUGAUGUGGGUAUAGCGGUAGGAUCCUGUUAUCAGCAAUUCAGUUCUUCUGAGAUUCUAUUUGAACAAUGUUCAGUGUAUCAGUUGAGAACUUAAUUUGCAGCGUGUUUUACAUUCAUUACUCACGUGGAGUUACUGUUAGUUUUACUCAACCUUUUUCCUGAUUUAAUACCUAUUUCAAAUCUUGAUGCUUGGAAAUAAUUUACCAUUUCCGCC